AUGACGAUUCAAAAGGUCCACGGCCGCGAGGUUCUUGACUCGCGCGGCAACCCCACCGUUGAGGUUGAGGUGACGACGGAGCUGGGCGUCUUCCGCUCGGCGGUUCCGUCCGGUGCCUCGACCGGUGUCCAUGAGGCGUGUGAGCUGCGCGACGAGGAUAAGAAGCGCUACAUCGGCAAGGGCUGCCUGCAGGCGGUGAAGAACGUGAACGACGUGCUGUCCCCUGCACUGGUGGGCAAGGACGAGCUGCAGCAGGCGUCGCUGGACCAGCUGAUGCGCGACCUUGACGGCACGGCGAACAAGAGCAAGCUCGGCGCGAAUGCCCUCCUCGGGUGCUCCAUGGCGAUCAGCAAGGCUGCUGCGGCGCGCAAGGGCCUCCCACUGUACCGCUACCUGGCGGAGCUGGCCGGCACGAAGGAGAUGCGCCUGCCGGUGCCGUGCUUCAACGUGAUCAACGGCGGCAAGCACGCGGGCAACGCGCUGCCCUUCCAGGAGUUCAUGAUCGCGCCGGUGAAGGCCGCCUCGUUCAGCGAUGCGCUGCGCAUGGGUGCGGAGGUGUACCACUCGCUGAAGAGCAUCAUCAAGAAGAAGUACGGCCAGGACGCCGUGAACGUGGGUGACGAGGGUGGUUUUGCCCCGCCGAUCAAGGACAUCAACGAGCCUCUGCCGAUCCUCAUGGAGGCCAUUGAGCAGGCUGGCCACAAGGGCAAGUUCGCCAUCUGCAUGGACUGCNCCCCGCCGAUCAAGGACAUCAACGAGCCUCUGCCGAUCCUCAUGGAGGCCAUUGAGCAGGCUGGCCACAAGGGCAAGUUCGCCAUCUGCAUGGACUGCGCCGCCAGCGAGACGUACGACGCGGACAAGAAGCAGUACAACCUGACCUUCAAGAGCCCCGAGGCGACCUGGGUGACGGCGGCGCAGCUGCGUGAGACCUACAGCAAGUGGGCCAGCGACUACCCCAUCGUGAGCAUUGAGGACCCCUACGACCAGGACGACUUCGAGGGUUUUGCCGGCAUCACGGCCGCGCUCAAGGGCAAGACGCAGAUCGUUGGCGACGACCUGACGGUGACGAAUGUCGCGCGCAUCAGGACGGCCAUUGAGAAGAAGGCGUGCAACUCGCUGCUGCUCAAGAUCAACCAGAUCGGCACCAUCUCUGAGGCUAUUGAUGCCUCCAAGCUGUGCAUGGCUAACGGCUGGUCGGUGAUGGUCUCGCACCGCAGCGGUGAGACGGAGGACACCUACAUCGCGGACCUCGUGGUGGGCCUUGGCUCCGGCCAGAUCAAGACCGGCGCGCCCUGCCGUGGCGAGCGCACCGCGAAGCUCAACCAGCUGCUGCGCAUUGAGGAGGAGCUCGGCGCGCACGCCAAGUUCGGCUACCCCGCGUGGGCGUGA